GCGAGCAGUCGAAAUAUUCAAAAUGCGCAAAAUAAAAAACAAACUCAGUUCUUUUCUUGAUACUACUUCAAAUAUUUUUGGUGGCCACAGCUGCCUUCGACGAGACGUGCGAAUUCGACCGAGAAAUGGAAAAAAAGUGCCGGAUUCAUAAUUAUAAAACCGUGAAACCGUUGCUUGAUUAUUUUAGACAGGUUAGAAAUGAGUUAGAAGACAAAGAAAUUAAGGAAAAUAAGUUAAGUGAAUUAAAUUCGGAUCUUAUGCAAAAGUAUCAUGAAAUUGUAAAAAUUCAUGAAAAAUUCAUUAAUGAGGCAGCUCUAUUAGAUGAGUAUAAAAACAAAGUAAGGGAAAGGGAAAACGAUUUGCAAUCGUGUCGAAAUACUUAUGAUAAAUUAGAAUCUGUAUUUAAUUUCCAAAAAAAAAAAUGAUUGACGAGUUAAAACCAAUUUCUAAACUUUAUGAUAAAUGUAAAGAGGAAGUAGAAGAUAAAUCCAACAGUUUAAAAUCUUCCGAAAUUCAAUUAAAACAAUUAAAUUCUAGUCUAUUUGAAAAGGAUGAAAAUAACAGGAGACUUAAUGCAAAUAUCGAAAUGAUUACAGAGCAACAGAAAACACUUGCUUUGCAAUUAGAGAAUAGUAAAACUAAAUUAAUAAAGCAAGAUAAAGAUAUUCAGUUAUACCAAUCUGAAAUUGAUACAUUAAAUCGGACAUCAGAGAAUAUUAGAGAACAGCAGAAACAAAAAGAAUUGCAAUUAAAAGAGAGCGAAACUAAGUUAAUAGAUAAAGUGAAAGAAAAUCAUUUAUGUCGAGCUGAAGUUGAUACAUUGAAUAAGACUUUACUCAAUAAUCUUAUCCCAUCAAGUUGCUCUCCUUUUGGAUAUUAUCCUGGUGUUCAUGAAAUAAGAGUUUCUGGCGUAGGUUUUUUCGAUGUUUUAUGCGAUAGUCAGUUAGCUGGACCUGGAUGGAUUGUAAUACAACAACGAGUUGGGGGAAAUGAGGAUUUCAAUAGGGAUUGGGCAACGUAUCGCAAAGGAUUCGGUGAAAUGGAUAGCGACUUCUUCCUCGGGCUCGAGAAAAUACAUCGUAUCACGAGUUUGCAGCGUCACGAACUUUACUUACAUUUGGUUGCUGUGAAUGGAAGUACUUACAAUGCUCAUUAUGACGACUUCAAAUUAUCUGCUGAAGACAGUGGAUACAAACUGAGUUUGGGUAAAUUCGAUGGAACAAUUAUUGAGGAUGCGAUGAGAUACCACGAAAACAUGAAAUUCUCAACAUUCGAUCGCGAUAACGACGAAUCUCAUAGUAAUUGCGCACUUCGUUACAAUGGCUGGUGGUACAAAAAUUGCGCUAAUUGUAUUUUAAAUUCACCAUAUGGGAAAUAUCUAGUUUGGCUUGUGAAAAAUAAAAUCGAGCUUAAAGAAGCUAAGAUGCUAAUUCGCCCCAAAGAAGCGAUGAAGAAGUGAGCAACUGAAGAGCUGAAAUUUCUAUAUUUGCGUUCUGAAUAUUAAACGAUCCACAGUUUGAUGCAGCGAUUUUUUUAAAAGUUGAAAGAGUUCAGUUUCUGUUAGAUCUUAUGUUUUGAUAAGCAAAUUGUCAGUUUCUAAAUGCUUUCAAUAGAGCUGCAAAUACCUAAAAGUAA